AUGACGGUUUCUAGCUUUUCCACUGCCUACUACCUGCAUAGACACAUAAGAAGAGUGGCACAGGGGACCAGCUACUUCGCCACUCCGAAGAUUCAAAGCCAGAUAAGAGUCACCAUCACUGGGAUCUUACAAGGAGUGCUCUACUUACUCUAUGCCACUUUCAGUUACUUUGAAACAUUCACCAACACCUUGUCCCUGCACUUUGUUAUUUGUUCUAGGAUCUCCUUCACAGUCUCCACACUGUACAUAGCAAGCACAACGGUCAACUUGGGCAUCGGUCAGACUUUAUUCAGGCAAAGGAUAGCCGAUGUUUGGAAAGCACUCAAAGCACUGUUGGCAUGUCUGUCAAAUAGUGUAACCUUCUCUUUUUGGCUGAACUUCUUCUACUACACCCAGAUUGUACCUGCGCAGAGAACUCUCUUCAUCUGUAUUAAGAAGAAUAUCAAAUCACUUAUCUACUGCUUUUGGCUUGCCUACUUGAUUGUCUGUCUGUGUGUUAUGGUGAUGACCAGUUAUUCUACUGUAGUCUACCUGUGUCGACACAUGCGUCGUAUGGUUACAAACGGACAGUCUCUGUCCUGUCCACAGUUCAGAAGUCAGGUGAGGGUCGCCGUCAUCAGCAUCCUACAGGGAGUCCUGUACUAUGUUGAACCUGGGAGCUGGUCAGGCUGUAUUCAGGCAGAGAGCAGCAGACAUCUGGCUCAGAGCAGCUCGGUGCUGCAAAGUACAGCCGUCUGA